UCGGCUGGUCGUUCGCUUGCUGCCUGUGCCUGUGGCUGUCGGCCGUCGACUGUAGGAUAUUAGGCGUCUCUAAUAUCCUUAGUCGACUGCUUGAUAGGAAGAAAAUUUGACGUUAGUGAUGUUUAUGAUGUGAAGAAUGUGAGCACUAUAAAUAUAAUAUACUUGAUUGGCUGCAUGAAAAGGUUAAAGCACCAUGGCGAGUUCCAGUGUCAACAAUGCCGAGGAGCCUAUGCUACUUGAUGAUGACAUCGUCUCUAACGAUCCUAUUCCAGUGCGAAAAAUCCCUCCGCUAAACUUGGUGAUUAGACUCAGGCACCGCGAGAUCCACGGGCGCAGCAUGAAGUCGCCCAAAAGUCCUCAGAAUCUCACCCGGGACUUUUAUCAAAGCGUGUUCCCGAACUUGACGCUCGCUAAUGUCGAUACGCCGCCGGUUUUCCUCAGAAAGUUCAACCCGAUUGGAAGCCACCUGCUCGCAUUUUCCUCGGACCAAACAAGUAUUGAGAUCUACAAGUACCUUGGACCGUCAGCUGCUGGUUCAGCGUUACACAAGUUUAAUGGAGAUUGCGUGGACUUUGCGGAAUUCAAUCGGAACCAGAACAGGAUCAACAUUUUCGAAUUGUUCUUCAAGCGAAAAUGGAUGGUGAAUUUGGCUCAAAGUGGCGAACAGCUGAAUCGAGAGUGCAGCCUCUUCACGGACGACUCCAAAUACGUGAUUGUUUGCUCAUCUGCGUUUGUGGAUGGCAACAGUGGCGACCAGCAGCAGAGCAGUUUCUUCAACGUCUACUCAAAUAAUGAAGCUGUUACACCACACAACAGUUUUCGACUGGAAGACUACACAAUCUUCCUUGUGGACAUUGAAAACGGCCGAUUAUGUGAUACAAUUAGCUUCAAGACUGACAAAAUCUACCUAUCUCACAACCAAGGCAUUUAUCUACUCAAUGAUACCUUAGCCGUUCUCUCAGUGCAGCACCAGUCUAUUUAUUUGCUCAAACUGUUAAAUGGAAAGUUCCUUCCUGUACAGAAAAUAGGCCGGUUUUGUUUCCCUGGUGACGAAGAGCAGCUUCUCUCCAUUGUGCCCUCUGCUGUGCCACCCUACCGAGAAGCCACCAUCAACUCCCUCAAACACAGGUUGCUCGCCUUCUUAUACCACAAGGCCAAGGACGCAUCACAACAGAUGGGCACUCUGUAUGAGCUGAGAAAGUUUUACCAAUAUUUCGAUCACAUACGCUCGCUGAAACUUUGGAAGAUGCAGCUGCUUGACGAGGAUCACUUGCUGAUGAAGUACGCGGACGAAGAUGUCGUGACAAUGAAGACUCUUGAACCAAACAGUGCCACGUCUUUUUUUGUGGUCUACAACAUUUCCAAAGCCACUGUACUUGCUGUGUAUGAAAAUAGUGCUGAAGAAAUGCUUGCCUUGUUGGAGAACUUCUGUGAUUAUUUUAGAAAUACUAAAAUGCACAAGAACUUUGCUUGCUCGCCAUCAAAUAGUAUCCAUGCCAGGCAUAUAAUGCAACGAUUGAAACAAACUAUUGUGAGUGCGAGGUUCGGAGGCCCAACUGAAGCUAUCAGGAGACUGCUCUGCCAGCUGCCCGUCAGCGCCCAGUCUUUUACGAGCUCACCCUACUUGGAUAAUUCCCUUUUUAGCUACGAUGAGAAGCGAGUGUCCAUGAUGGAAAGACCGAAGUGCUGUGGCGAAUACCCAAUAAGGUUUUAUGGAAGAGAUUGUGGGCUUCUCAAAUUCAGGAUGCAUGCAGGGAUAAUGAACGCAAACAUGGGAGCUCCCAGAAUUUCAAGAAGACUUGUAGCUUUCAUUUUCCACCCUACAGACCCAUUUGCUAUCAGUGUUCAAAGAUCAAAUAAUGCAGAAUAUAUUGUCAGUUUUCAUGUCCGACACAACUUUAGUCAUGUAAUGUCUGAAUGGGAUGAUUACUAACUGUUUGAACGAUCAGUCUCUGUAUUACAUAAUAAUUAAAGUAUCAUGAAAUGAUAAUUUAUGAAUUAAAAUUUGUUGAACAAAUAUUUAGCUGGGAAGACUUGAAUAAAAUUUAAGUUUCCCAUA